AUGGCAUAUGUAAAAGUAGAUAUUUUUAUUCCGCUAGAUGAGCACGGGAAAUAUAUAACAGUUGAUGGUGGACCUGAUGAAAAUUCACGUUUUCCUAAAACACUUGUUGCUGCAAUAAGAAAAGCAAAUUUUAAAAAACCUGGAGAAGUUGUAGCCGAAGUUUGGUGUGGAUCAGUUAUUGAUGAAUAUCCUGCUGUAGCUGAAUAUAUUGAUCCACCUGCAUCAACUCUAGAUAAAUUAUGUUUGAUUGAGAUACAUGAUUAUUUCAGUGUAUGCGAAGAAGAAGCUGAAGAACCAAUUGAACAUCAAGUUGGGCAAAGUGAUGAAUAUUAUCAAGAAAGAGUUUGUCCUCCACAUAUUACAACUGACGGAGAAUUAUGA